AUGGUAGCCGCGAAGAUCUGGAACGCCACGGAGGUUGUCGGCGAAACCAGCUGCUACGAAGGCGGCGGCCGUGGCCCUGCCAUCCUCUCCUCCGCCCUCAUCGGCGACACCUCCCUCUCUCGGGAUUUUCUUUGGAUAGCUGCAGAAGGUAGAGCUUUCUUGAAGUACCAUGACGGCAUUGGUGUGCAAACACUUGUUGGAGGUACACGUUUCAAAGAUGACCAGAAACGUUUGGAAUCUGAGUCACACGAGAGAAUAAAUCGGGAAUAUUCAUGUCUGAUGGGGCUGAAAAUGCUUAUAAUUGACGAAGCUGACCACUUGCUAGACCUCGGAUUCCUCAAAGACAUGGAGGAAAUUAUUGACUGUCUUCCUUGUCCAGGACAGUCUCUUCUAUAUUCUGCAGCAAUGCCAAAAGAGGUUUGCCGGAUAUCUCAGCUUGUUUUGAAAAGCAAACAUGCUUUCAUUGACACUGCAGGUGACCGUCAUGUUGAGACUCAUGCCCAGGUCUUAUCUCAAGCUGUUGACGUUGCCACGGUCAUGCUGACUGUCACCAUGAGCGGGCAUAUUGGUGUGCAUUUUCAAGUUGUCCAUUUUCUCGAGCACAUUUUGGAGACACCUGAAUACAAGGGAUGGUAA